AUGUGUUUACCUAGAAUUGUUGUUUUAUGGAUUGUUACACAGUGUUCAGCUUUAGCAAUUGGUUAUUUUAUAACAGCUUCGUUGAUAAGGCGUUCUAAUGGAGAAUUUUUAUGGAAUUUUUUCGAAAAUUGGCUUGAAGAAAAAUUAGAUACUAAUGAAACUGUUGUUAAAAAUAUGGGUGUAAAAAAUAAUUCCGAACAAAUCCAUAGUUUACCUUGGAAAGGUGUAACAAUAUCGGAAUCGGUGGAUAAACUGCUUGAAGAACUGAUUGAACAGCUGAUUGAUAAUUACAUAAAUAGAUGGUACAAAACGAAAAUAAGCGGUGAUGCUGCAUUUAUCAAUGAAAUAAGGUAUCAGAUUCGUUAUGCCGUUGCUAUCUUGUAUUUACGCUUCCAGAAAAUUGAUCUAUCUUCAACAAUUUUGUUUGAGGCUGUACCGCUGGCAGCACUACAUUGUGUAAAAGUUGAACAUUUAAGUGCAACUAUUGACAAAAGUAUGUAUUCAUCACAGCUGAUUGAAACAAAAAUCCUAGAAGCUAUGCCGGAUGUACAUUUUGCUCUCAGUUCACGACAAAAUGAAGUAGAUUAUUUACGCGAAUUAGCUGAUCACUUAAUUGGACUUAUAAUGGAUGAAAAUUGCAUUGCAGGACAUUCCAAUGAUAGCGAUUCACCUUCUCGUAACAUUCUUGCUAAUCAUUCGCGUCCAUGGGCAAGUCAUAUAUGUCGUCAUUUUUUGCGAGAACUGUUUGUUUUUUCAUUUUUCUUACCUGUUAUGGAUUUGAUAGCUGAUCCAGAUAUCAUUAAUCGAGUACUGAUAUUUCUAUUUAAUUCAGAUGUUCUCAACUUUCCUCAAAUAUCUCAGGAUAGCAGACAAGUUGAAAUCUUACAUGGACUUACAGAUUACUCCUUAAACGACACUCCUGACUCAUUGCUUCAACUAAAACUUAGUGAUAUGCUUCGAGAUGCUGGACAAUUGAUGAUGUUCAGAGCAUAUUUAGAUGAUAUUCAUGCACCUCUAAAUGAGCUUGAUUUUUUAGUUUAUGCAGGUGAUGCACAUGGAAGAAUGCUUAAUGUUCAGAAUGAUCAUGCUGCAAUGAGUGAGCUGCAGUACGAUAUUUGGGAACUUUUUAUUAAAUAUAUUCACGAAGGUGCUCCAGAUAGGGUUAAUCUUCCUAUUGAGAUUAGCUGUGAAUUUAGUAAAGCAGUAGAAAAGCAUGAUUCUGAGCUGCUUGAUCAAUGUCUAGAAAAGGCUUUUCAAAUUAUAUACCAGCGAAUGCAGCAUGAAUAUGUGAUACCGUUUUGUCAGUCAGAAUGUUUUUUGGGUAAUUUAUGUGGUCCUCGUCCUGUGGGUAUAGAUGAAUUAAUUGCAUCCAGAGAACAUUCUAAAUCAACUCAUUGUCUUCUGCCAACUGUUGAACCUAACUGUUCUUUAACUCAGUUCAGAAAUCGUUUUUGGCGAAUGAUUUUACCAACAAGUGGAUCGAUAGAUUCAUCAUUUGAUCAUUUAAAUGAUAUUGCAUUAAACGAGGUAAAUGGCGGGAUUGUACCUGCUGAUGAUAUCACACAAUGUUUGAGUUAUGAUUCACCAAGUGAUGACACAGCUAUGCCAUCUUUUGAGUUUGUCUUGAAUAAUAGAAAGAUGAAAACUACCGAAGUGCAGGAUGAUCAGCUUAUCUCAAAUGUGUCCGACGAAGAGUUUGUUGAGCAGCAGAUGAAUUCGAAUAAUUCAUUUGAGAUACCAAUGUUUGAUCCGGAACGUGAUAUGAGCAAAUGGAAUGUAACAAUCCCAUGUGUUGAACCACGACGAGAUCCUGUUGGCGGUCAUACAAUGUACGUCUAUGUCAUUUCGGUUGAACGAUUUGAUUUAAACGAUGACAUUGAUCAGACAUCGUUAUCAGCAACUGUAGCACCACAAAAAUGGUCUCUGAUUCGCCACUACAAUGAAUUUUACAUUCUGGAAUCAAAACUGGUAGAAUUUCAUGGAAAUACGAUAAAAACGGAAUCACUACCACCACGACGAUUUUUCAAUUGUAAAAGUCGUGUUUAUGUGGAAUCACGACGUGAAAUUUUCGAACGUUUCAUUCAAUUACUCGCCAAACAGCGAGCAUUGAAACAAUCAGAUUUGCUGUUUGUUUUUCUUAGUACUGAGCAACGAUUAAAAGAUUCAACACAAAUUUCCGACCUCUAUCCAUGGAAUAUGGUGAAAAAAGUGCCAAGUAAAUUUGCUCGUGAAAGAGGUCAGAAUCUGAAACCAUUUAUUUUAUCUCUACUAGCGACAACGGAAUUUUUAGAAGCUUUUGCGAUGCCAUACUUUUUAUUUUUCCUCAUCCAAUGUGGAUUAUUAUUACUAUUCGACAUUUAA